AAUAAUCCCUUUUCCCUCGUUCCGCAGCCAAACGUUCCUCAUCUAAUCCCUUCUCCUCUUCAAAUCUAAAAACCCUAUCACCAAAAACACAUACCCUCCCUCUCUAUUCUCAAUUUCUCAUUCAUUUUUAUCCACACGCUCAUACCUUACCCUAAUCAUAUUUAUCAUUAUAUUCUUCCUUCUUUCUCUCUCAUUUUUUAUUCUUCAAUUCAUUUUAUUCCCUUCAACACUCCACUUCCACCGUCACCGUCAAAACCUUAUUCCUUUCUCCGACGACCUAAAUGGCCAUUCCCUACCCCCAUUUCAUCUCCUCCGAGAAAGCCGCCAUUGAAGCCGGACUUCUCAUACCUUCUUCACCCUCUUCCUCCGUCUCCGUCAUCCUCACCCAAGACGAUUUAAAGAAAAUCGCCGCUUACAAAGCCGUCGAAUAUGUCGAAUCCGGCAUGGUCCUCGGCCUCGGAACCGGCUCAACUGCCAAACACGCCGUCGACCGUAUCGCCGAGCUUCUCCGUCAAGGAAAACUCAAAAACAUCGUCGGUAUACCCACUUCAAUGAAAACACACGAACAAGCCGUGUCGCUAGGGAUUCCCCUCUCCGAUCUCGAUUCUCACCCUGUAAUUGAUCUCGCCAUUGACGGUGCUGAUGAAGUUGAUCCUUAUCUCAACUUGGUUAAAGGACGCGGUGGGUCCCUUCUAAGAGAAAAAAUGGUGGAAAGUGUUUGCAAGAAAUUCGUUGUUAUCGUUGAUGAGUCAAAAUUGGUUAACUAUUUGGGUGGCAGUGGUUUAGCUAUGCCUGUUGAAAUUAUUAGGUUUUGUUGGAAAUUCACUGCUGUUAGGCUUCAAAAACUGUUUCAGGAAUCUGGUUGUGUUGCAAAGUUAAGAACUUUUGGUGAAAAGGAAGAACCUUUUGUUACUGAUAAUGGGAACUAUAUUGUUGAUUUGUAUUUCGAGAAGAGUAUUGGUGAUUUGAAGGUUGCAAGUGAUGCAAUUCUGCAUAUUGCUGGUGUUGUGGAGCAUGGAAUGUUUUUGGAUAUGGCUACUACUGUUAUUGUUGCAGGUGAACUUGGGUUAACAGUGAAGAAUAAGUAGUUGAGAAUUCAGACCAGAUGUUUAGGAGAAGAAGAAUAAUUUUAGGAGGGUUGAAGGUAAUUUAAUUGGUCAAGGUUGAUAAUUUCAAAUGGGAUUCUAACACUCUAUAUUUUAUGGAGGUGUAGUAGUAUGAUAGAUUUUUAUUUAGUGAAUCGAUUAGGAGAGUUGGUUCAUGUUUUUUUAUUUAUUAUCUGCUAGUUUAAUUUUGUAUUUUGACUUGAUUUGAGCAAGAAGAAAAUUGAGUCUUGUUGAAAAGCUGAAUAUUAAGCUUGCAUAAGGGCUCUUGUGUGGUAUAAUGAAUUAGUUGUCCACACAGUUUCUUGUUGAAUUGAUGAUGUUUAACAUUAUUGAACUUUAUCUAAUUCAAAUUUUGCUUGUUUUUCCCC